AUGAACUUUUUUGAUACUAACAAUGGUGGACUGCUUGCUAUUCCAUAUACUCCAUCCACUUCAAACAUUUGCAUACUUUUAGCUAUAUUUACGACCUUGCUUUUACUUAGAUACAUAAGUCGUCUUAUACGGCAGUAUAAUUUGCCUUCGGGGAGGUGGGGAAACUUAGGUGCGUCUGAUAUUGCAUUGGUCACUGGGGGCUCAAAUGGGUUGGGGUUUGAGCUUGUCAAGGAACUUUUGGAAAAGCAAGUUGUCGUUUAUGUUUUGGAUAGACAAGCGCCACGAGAGAAGGAUGUGAAUAUGCAUUAUAUACCAUGCGAUUUGCAAAACGAAGAUGCGUUGGAAAAGACAAUGGAAAAAUUGAUCUUAGACUUGGAGGAAAGUGGUCGGUACUUGAGUGUUCUCAUCAACAAUGCAGGCAUUAGAGACAACAAGUCAUUGGUUAACACAAGUUUUGUUGAUGUGAAGAAGGUGUUUACAGUUAACACUUUACUGCAAGUCAUGAUACUUCAAAAAGUACUAGAUAAGCACCUCAAGAAUAAUAAGCAUGGCAAACUCUCUAUAGUUACAAUUUCGUCAAUUUUAGGAGUAUUUGCUCCACGAAAUUUGUCAACCUAUUCGGCCUCAAAGGCUGCCCAAAUAAUGUUGCAUGACUCGCUUCAGCAGGAACUUAAGCAAUACCCUUUGAUUCGACUAUUAUUGGUGACACCUGGUCAAAUGGAUACAGAGUUGUUUAAAGAUGUCAAGCCAACAAAGCAAUUGGUUGCACCGGUUGUGAAACAUGUUGAGUUGGCAAAGACAAUCAUUGACAAAGUAGAUAUUGGGUACAUGGGAUGCUUGGCAGAACCAUUUUAUGCCAACUUUCUACCUGGUGUUCGAACAGCACCAAUGUUUGUACAAGACUUUUGUCGCUGGAUAAGCGAGAUGGACGAAAAAGUUAAAGAGACACAACAUUAA